GGGUGCGUUCGCUUGUGUCUGCCUUGGAGGCCCUCUCGAUACAAUCCCCGACGUGUUAUUAUAAACAGUUCGGUCCCCAGAAAUAAACUUUGAUAAACUGUUGACCAGUUCGUGUUAGUUUCGAACUCGCCGCUGGAGGAAGUUUUAUCCACAGACAGCCGUUGGGUGCGAGUGAAUGUGUUUGUAGGUGAGGCCGUAAUACUGUCAUUGGACUAAAGGUUUUAACCCGAGAAAUUACGGCAAAAUUUCAAAAUGUCUGCUGACGGAUGUAUGCCAGAUUUAGAUGACAUGAAGGACGUGUUCGACCUUUUCGACUUCUGGGAUGGUCGAGACGGGCUUAUAGACGCUUUUAAAGUAGGAGAUCUUCUUCGCUGCUGUGGCCUCAACCCCACCGACACACUAGUCAGGAAGACGGGUGGCACGAAAAAAAUGGGCGAGAAACAGUAUUCUUUUGAAGAAUUUUUGCCAAUUGUUAAACAAAUUGUGAAAGAGAAAGACACAGGAACGAAAGCUGAAUUUAUGGAGGCCUUCAAGUCUUUCGACAGAGAGGGCAUGGGCUUCAUAUCUUUGGGAGAGGCGCGACAUGUGCUAACGGCAAUAGGUGACCGAUUAGAAGAUAGCGAAUUGGAUGACAUUUUAGAACUCACAGACAUACAAGCCGAUUUGGACGGCAAUAUCAAAUAUGAAGAAUUUAUCCAGAAGGUAUUGGAUGGGCCAAAAGGAUGUUAGAUUCACGCGAUGCUACGCAGCCAAUGAACUGAGUUCUAACCAUGUUGAAAUUUUGGAAAACGAGGCUGCAUUUCGGUUUUUGUUUAUAUUUGAGCCGUACUUCCUGUAAAGAGAGGAUGGUUAUAAGAUCAGUCAGUACCAAGGGUAUCUUGCUUUAGUUUAACAUGGGAAGCACCUGUUAUCUAUAUAAAUAUACAUACUGAUUUGUCAUGGAAAACUUUUACUGAAAUAAUGAUUUUCAUUUUAAAAUCAGAAUGAAAUUAUGAGAUGAGAUAAAAAAUUAUUUUAGAAAUUUCUUUCUCAUUUAUUUUUGUAGUAAAAAAGACAAAAAAUAAGAACUCAUUACAGAAAAGAAUUCAUUGUUCAAAAAUCGGGACCGAAUUUAAUUUCGAAAUGAAAGAAUUUCCAAUGAUACGACUCUGAUAUGAACAUAUUGUCUGAAGUUUAAAACAUGGUUAUUAGUAACACCAAGGACAACAGCCACUAGUACAAUAGUUAUUUGCAUAUAAUAUCUAAAGAUUGAUAUAUCUAUAUUAUAUAUACAAUAUAUAAAUAGUAGCUUAUAUUAAUUGCAAAUUAGGAAGUAGAGAGAUGUGGUUAGUUUCUGGUUUUUGGAGAAGAAGUGUCUAUAAGCACUUUUAAAUGUAAAUGCCUUGACACGAAAUCUCUUCGUAUAUAUGGUCUUAAUCAUAUUUAGUACAAAAGCCCUGCGCAUUGUAUAUAAUUACAAAUUUCUCAAUAUCACUUUUAAUGACGGGAAAUUAGAAGGGUAUUUUUUCUCUGUGUUUGUGUGUGCAUACCGUAACACAUUAGUACAAUCUGCUUCAGCAGGUAUGUUGAACAUGUUUAUCAUACUCAUAGUAGAAAGCGAACCAUGAAUUUGAUAAGCCAUGCAUGAAAAUACAUUUUUGGUCAUGACUUCCCAGAUAUUUGUCUAUCAUGAAUUUCAAACUGGCGCUACCAGAAGAUCUUAUUUUACAAAUUUAAAACAUCACUCGUACAUAUUUUAUUAGCAGUGUGUCGUGUGAAUCCGACACAAUUAUCGACAAGAACGUAUACCAUGCAAUUGACAACUGUAUAGUUCUUUAGUUCUAUCAAUGCAUGAUAAUUGUCAUGCCUCGACUUAAGAACUUAUUUUGAACUUUCUGUUCUAUGUUUGGAUUUAGAUUCUUUUACGUGUACCGUUAUCUUCACAUAUACAAUUACAGCUCAACUGAUUUCUUCAUAUUUUUAUUCAGAUGAAAAUAUUUUUUUAUUCAAACGUAAAGAGACAUCGUGCAUUGAUACAUCAUUUUGUGUUCAUUCAUACUGAUUUACUUAUGCUACGGUGACUCUUUAAUAAUUUUAUACUAUCUAGAAACCAUUCAGAAUGGCGCCUUCCAAUACUGAGCAAUAAGAAGUUAAUUAAAGUUUCAUGUUUCUUAUCGCGAUAGAGCAUCGUAUUUAAUUAAAAAUAACUUUAAGAAUUUUUGAAAAAUCAAAUGUCUCAAAAGAAAACACCUUCUGGGUACAUAAAUUGAUUGAUACAAUAUACAUGUUUUUUUCAUUGAGCGUUUAAUGAUUUGUUGGUAUCAUUUUAUACUAUGUGGAUCAUGAUGAAGCCGUUUAGAUGUAUAUGGCCAAAUUCAUUCGAAUAUACGAAACUACGGCUUGGAAGUUUUCUACAUAUCUAUUCAGACGUUAUGCAAUACAAUACAAAUACUUGUAGAUGUAGGUGCUUUAGUUGUCAAUAGCAACAUUCCUAUUUUAUUGUUUGUCUGCAAAAUAAACUGAAAACUGUA